GUAUUGGUCACACAGUCGUAGCGAGCAGAAUAGUGAUACCAAUGAAGGUCAACGCAAGGAUAAAGGCCUAUCUCCUGGUCCUCUUGGCGCUAUUCCUAGCGGCUAACCUCAUGAAUAAACCGGAAAUGAAGGACAACUCUGCCAUACCUCGCUCCAAAAUCUCUACGCAUGUAGCCCCGCCAGAUUCGGGUGACCCUAUCUCCUCGUCGUAUGGUUUGUCGGACAACAGCGGCUACUACAAGAGCCAUUACUUCGUGUGGCCGGCAGAAAAGUGGGAGGAGGCCACGUCGAAGUCCAAGGUGUGCCUCCUUGCCCAGGGCGGGGUCGACAGGAUUUUCUGGGUGGUGCGCCAGGCCGAGGCGUUUGCAGGUCCUGUGUCUAUGGGCAUCUUUGUCGCGGGCUCCGAGUACGCCGUGGCAGUCGAAAUGGUGACGUAUAUGAGGAAGUGCUUCCCACCUGUGCGAGACUGGGUAUCCUUCCACAUCAUGUACCCCGCUGGCAAGCCGCCUAAGCUUUCUCCCUCGCCGAAGACGUUUGCCCUCAACUGCUCUGAUCCGGAAGGGGUGAACCGGUUGCUUAUGAGUCUCCGCGACAAUACAGAACCCAUGGAAACCCACUACCCUCAAAACCACAUGAGAAACGUGGCCAGAAAAGCCUGCCCCUGCGACUACAUCCACAUCGUCGACAUCGACAUGCUAGCCACCCCUCGCAUGGCCGAGAACCUAAACGGCUUCCUCACGACGAUGGAGACGACGAAACCAUGUGAGAAGUGCAUCUACGUCGUGCCUGCUUACGAGGUUCAUGACUCCGUUAAGAAGUACCCCGAUAACAAGAAAGAACUGCUCGAGCUGGUGCACAAAGGGCUCGCGCAGGUGUUCCAUGUCAAGGUAUACGACCGGAACCAGGGCAACGGCCGUUUCCCGCAGCACUGGGAGGUGGAACCGACCGACGAAGAUGCAUCGGAAUACCGUGUUCUCUACGACAUUCCCAACUACCAGGAGUUUUGGGAGCCGCUGAUGGUCCUGCCCUACACGGCACCCUGGCACGAUGAGCGCUUCGUCGGGUUCGGCUUCAAUCGCAACAGCCACAUGUUUGAACUUAACUGCCUCGGCUACAAGUUCAACGUGUUGGACAGAGCUUUCCUCGUCCACCGUGGAUUUCAAACCAAACAUAAUUAUCCAGCUCGGCGAUAUACUCAGCUUGCGGAAAAUCGCGGACGAUACGCUUCCUUCAAAAACGAAAUCAGAGCGAAAUACGGAUGUUAGUAAAGGAAGCUUCAAUUUAAUUCAGAAAAUCUACAACAGCGAAGAUCUUUUGAUACAUAUCUAUAAUUCUGAUGUAAGAAUGAUAUCCAUAAGACAUUCGGGCAUUUCUAUCUCUUUCUUUUUUUCUCUCUCUCUCUCUCUCUUUGGGGGGAGGAGCAGGGCGUGGCUAUAGCCAAAUCGAAAUCGAAACCGAUAUCCAAGCUAGGCAUUACGUGAAAAUGCACGCCGCUCAUAUUAGUGAUUUAUAUCUUGUGCUUACUCCGAAAACAAUCUGUUUACAGCUUUCCCGGAAUCAAUUUUUCUUUGCGUAUAAGAAACAUGUGUAGUUUGCCAAUUCAAAAUAAGUUGAGUUCAUUGCAAAUGUAGAAAGGGUAUGAAUGAAAUGUAUUUGACCGGUUUCGAUUAUAUCUUGUAUUUCUGACGAAGAUGCAAUUGAAUUCGAUGAAAUAUAUCUGUUGCACUGUAAA